GCGAGACGCCAUAUUGAGCGAAUGUUGAUUGAAUGCAGUUUAGGUGUUUACGCGGUUCCAAGAAAAACCCGUGAAUAUACGCAUCAAUUAUCGUUCAGCCCGAUUUAGGUAUCGGCAAACGAUAGGUCGGUGUGGCAGCGGUAUCACGCGGCGACAGAAUGAGCGGCAGCGACGGCGAGGACGGUCAGUGCAACGGAACGAUAGAAAGCAACGUAGUAGCGAUGGAUGACGUUCUUGUUAAGAAACACACUGACGACAUUCUCUGCGAUGGAUGUGUUACCGUUGAAGGCGAUUUCACGCGACAGGAAAGCGAACGGACUGUUAAUUACACGGAGGAUGCUGUACGCUCUCUCGUUGUUGCGGACUCGAUUCCUGUCGCGGACUCGAUCCCAGUCGCGGACUCGGUUCCUGUCGCGAGCGUGACACUUGACGAAAGCGUAGUGGAUGAGUUUAUCAAGGGCGCGAGGGCUUCCCAUAGCAUGGAACUGAAUGCGAUGCAAACGAGGCCUGAGUCGCUUGUCGAAAAUCCAAGUACCGCUGUGAACAUAGACAACCCUUUCAGGGGUAAGGAAAUGUGUUCAUGCGAUGUAUGCAAAGCAAAAAGGGAACUGCUUAGAGAGGAGUUACAUAAAGCCAUGAAAUUCCAAAAUCUAUGGGCAGAGUUACGUCAACAUAUAAGGGGUUCCUUUAAUGUUGCCUUAGAAGCUUCUUGUUUCCUUGGAGGUUUAGAGUUUCAACAAACUCCAUUUUCAGCGGAUGAUACGCACAAGAUUGUUUUGCAACUGUGUAAAAGGAAUCCUCAUCAAUUAUUUAUGAGGCUAGUAAGCCUGGCACAGGAGUUUGUUGUAGAAAUAAAAGUUCGAUUAUUAAAUCUUUUACAACAUCUUAGUGUAAAUAAUUUACCAGAAAUUUUUCUUAUAGGCCUUUUAGAUGAUUAUGAUGCAUUAAUAACAACAGCAGUGAAGAUUUCUGAAUUUGUAAAACUUUUAAAGGAUCAUUUGGGCAAGUUCAAUUAUAAAUUUCCUUUACCAUGGGCUGCUUUUAUUAAAAAAUUGUAUCAGAUUUAUAUAUAUGAUGAUCCAUUUAUACAAAACAGUCUGUCACCUUUUAUUGGCCAGUUAAAGAAAGUUUUGCCCUUAAAAAGCUCGGAAUACCAGCGUCUUUUCCAUCGGUAUUUAUGGUUUGAGAAAGAAAUGACGGUAAUUAGAGAUCUAUGGGCAGAAACUGAAUCGUGGAUGGACAAGUACAAUGCAGAACAAGCAUGUCGAAUGACCCAUCUUAGGCAAGUAAGGGAAGUGUUCACAGCAACUAGGAAACUUAUGGAACCGCGUAUGUUAAAUAAAUGGACCGACGUUGAAAAUGAAUUGCAUGAAGCGAAUGGUCAACUUUCAACGAUUACUUCGCAAGAAAAAGUUAGCGUAUCAGAGGUGGACAGCAGGCCUUUAAGUCCUACACCGGAUUUAAGUUUGGAUUCACCCAAUAUGCCUCCAAGUAUCGAGAUAUUACAAAUUUUAUUGGAUGACUGGAGCAAGGUUGUAAAGUCUCUACGUCAGAAAUUAUCUGAUGUAACAGACGCACAACCGACCGCGGACAUUUAUACUAAUGGACAGGAAGAUUUCUUUGAUUAUGCUUGUGCAACUUGCCAUUUAGUACAGUCUGCAAUGAGAUCAGUGAGGGCUCAUAUUGAAGGAACUUGUUUAGAGAAUAAUAUAGAAGAAGAAAAAAGCUGUGAAUGUCAUAUGUGUAUAGGACCUGCGAUAUCUUCUAGUAUUAAUAAAAGUGAUGCAGAAAAUAUAUUAUUACCACUAGAAAAUCCUUUUCCACAACUUACAAAUGGAUUCCUAGAAGAUACGGCUAAUUUUUCGGCAACGCAAGUAAAGAAAAAAAUAGAAGAUCUGGAGAUAAAGGAAAUAAAGAGCGACGGCAAUGAAAUAAGAAACGAAAAUGAAGAUGUUGAUUUAAGGACGCCCGAUCCACAACUUUGUUCAUGUGUAUAUCAGCAUGUGAAAGAAAUAACAGAGAGAAAAGUGGUGCUAGAAAAUCCACCUUGUUUGUGUUUACUAAACUCCAAACGGAAGAUAUGGGACACUUGUCCAUGCCUAACAAAAUCUGUACCUGAACCAGUCACAUCAAAUGAUCAUCCAAAGCCACCGUCGCCUCCUAUCGUGAAGGCUAAUCAGGAACCAAAUAAACCUGCAGUAAAAACUGGUUCUACGCAGUCUGCUCAAACACAGACGAGGCAUUCUACAACGCAGACACCGAAUACCGUUCACAAUCAUACAACGCAUCAGGGUACCACUCAUUCACAUACACAUGGGUCCCUUCCAGACUUGGUAAAAAACACGGGUCCUACCCAUAGAUCUCAUAGUCACAGCAAUCAUUCGUCGCACGCCUGUCACAAACAGGCUAAUGUCGAGCACAUUAAAAGAGUCUCUUGCAACGACUUAAGUUCCGGAGAUGGGGAUUGUUCGGAUUCCGGAAGUAGUCAGGAAGACUCUUGUUCUACCAGCAGUUCCGCGCAAAGGGAUUCCAGUAGACAUUGCGACUGUUGUUAUUGCGAAGUAUUUGGUCAUGGAGUUCCUUCGGUAGCACCAGUUAGUAGAAAUUAUAAUGAAAUGAGAGAACGGUUGCGGCAAUUACUAACGAAGAAAAAAGCUAGAAAGUGUAAAGCCACGUGUAGCCCUUCAAAAAGUCCCUCAGAAUCGGUGGUAUCUGAUACAAGUACGGAAACGAAGGCAGCGACAAAUGCAGCGCCGAGAUUGAAUACUCCAAUUUCGACUGUUCCUGCGAUACAGGUGGAUCAACGAGAUCAAAGAGAUCUAGAGGAGUUGCUUGAGUUUAUUGAGGGCAAUCAGAAUGGAAAGAAAGAUAAUAAUAAAAAGGCCGAGAAAAAAGCUAGGCAGAAGCAACGUAAGCUGGAAGAAAAGCUUAAAAGAGAUAGGCAAGAAGCAGAAAAAUUAAAACUGAUAGAGUUACAAAAAAAGACACCGGAAGUAACGAUCACCGUCGUAGACCCACAAAAACCUGUUCCUCAAAGAUUAUUACCUCAGUGUAACCUACCCGAAGUAUCUAUUUUACCUACGUCACCCCCAGUAGCAUUGCCGACUGUAAAGCAAUUAAGUAAUAAAAAGAAAGACAAACAAGAAGUCUGUAGCAAUAGUAGUAACACUAGUAGCAGUAGCUUUAGCAGCAGUAGUAGUAGUACCAGUAGUAUAAAUAGCAAAACGAAGACUGCGCCUGUGAAUACCAAUGUAAAGAGCAAAAGUAUUAGUAAAGCCGAGAAAUUGAUGGUUUCUGGCCAGGUGAACAACAAACCUGCGAACAAAAGCGAUAAAACUGAAGUUAGCAAUAAAAAUAACAAAAUACAGACAAACAAUAGCAAUAGCAUAAAUGUGAAAAAUAACGCAAUGGACAAAUCAUUGACUGUCGACUUGGAUGAUAAAAGUUUGACCAAGAAAGAAAGGAAAAAAUUGAAAAAGAAAAUGAAAAAAAUGGAGGAGGUGAAGGCAAAAGAGGAGACAAAGAAACCGGUUCAGACGGAGGCUCAACCGCAGAUCGUGACAAUUAAGAGAGUCAUGGAGUCUAAUAGCGCGGAACCGACAGUCACGAUCACGUUGAAAGGUCAAACACCGGCUGAAGAUAAAGUUCUAUUCACUUUGGUGAAUGGUCAGACGAAAGAGGUAACCGGCUUGAAACUGGAGAACGAACAAACUCAGAACGUCUACGGGAAGAAAAAGAAAGCCAAAGUAAAUAAUAACAACAAUAAUAAUAAUACUAGCAAUAAUAACAAUAAUUCGUUGCAACAGGGGAACAAACAGCAUCAAACGAACAAUUCGAAACAGCAGACGCAGAAUAAAAUUUGUGACAACAAGAACAAUAUGAAACAACAGUCGAACAAUGAAAAGAGCAAAGGGAAGCAAGUAGACGAGAAAAAGAUUCAGCAGCAGAAUAUUACUGAAAUAAAAACGAAAUCUAAGAAAGACAAGAAAAAUAUAGAAAACAAGGAGAAUGUGCUGCAACAGAACGUCGUAAAUAAGAAUAAGAAUCAAUCGCAGAACAUAAGUGGAAAGAAACAGAAUAAAGUUAAUACGCCAACUCAAACUCCAGUUUCGCAAAAGUCACAGAACUUUAAUAUCAGUAGCGACAACAAAAAGACGAAAAUACAGUCGCAAGAGAGAAAUGGGCAAUUAAGUUCCAACAAAAGCAGUAAGAACACAUCUACUAGUAUUACUAUUAAACAAAUGAAAGGUGACAACCAAAAAAUUCAAAGUAAAUUAAUAAAUCAGACGACGAUCAAACAACGACAGGAACUGCAUUCGGCAUCCACGGAAAGAAUUAAUUCGCCAUUGAGCAGUCAGUUCAAAGAUAUUGGCGCAAAUUCGAAGAUUAACAUAGAGAAUUUAAAGCUGCCACCCGGUAUUACGAUAACUAAAGUUGACGCUCCUGCGAAACCCUUGCCAAUCAGAUCAGCUCCACUGCCUAAACCAGUAAAUCCGCCUAAGCAAACUACGAUAAUCGCAGCACCUAUGAGUGGCGUUCAAUCAAGUUACGCGAGUUCUCAGGCGGGUGGUAAUGUAAUAGUUGUGGACACUGGAAAAUUGAAGCAGGAUCUAUUACCUAAACCGGCAGAAAAAGAUGUGACUAAAGAAACGCAACAAAGUCAGAGCACUAGCAGUAAGAAGAAGAAAAAGAAGAAUAAAAACGGAUUAAAUUCUAACAAUACGUCACAUCAACCAACAAUACAAAAUAAUGAUCCUUUUGUGAACGAUCAUGCUGAUGAGCCUGCCAGAAUACUUCACAACCCAAGUACCAACAUGGUAACCAUAAGGAACCCGGCGUUUGGCCCGAUGAAGGUGCCACCUACACAACAGGCGGCAAUUAUAAAAGUAUCAGAGAAUGGUAUGGUCACCAUUAGGAGUCCUGCGUUGCAACAGGCGAUCAACGCAGGCCUUACAUCCCCUCCAAAGCCAGAUUACAUCGUGAAAGGUGAUCUGUCGUCGAAAACGUCGAUGGAAAACUCAAGCUUGAAACACGCUAAUGGUAUUAUCCCGUCGAGUUUGGCGGAGUUGAGGAGUAGACUGACGCCAGACUGUACAACUCUAAGCGGUUUGGCUAAUAUACAAAUCAGUAAAGUAACGAAUGGUCAACCUAUACCGGAGAACGGAAUCAACCUAAAGGGGACUAGCGUGACGUUGACAAAAGUUAGGACGGAACCGUGCAUGGAGGAUGUGCAGUGUGCAAAAACGGCUGUUCGAGAAGCGAUAAACGCCUCGAUAGCGGCAUCGUCUAGCGGCAAGAGCAAGAAAAAGAAGAAGCGCGAUAUCGGCACGAGACAAUGCGGAGAUGACUGGAACCUCGUUGAGAGCGUAUUCACGCCCAAAGAUAUAGACCUCGAGGACGGGGAAAUGGACGACGCGGAGCGUGAACUAGAGGCGUUCAAGAGGUUUUGCCUGCAGUCAGUGCCGCCGCCGCGCAAGGAGAAGGUCAAUCUCAAUAUCAAGGACAUCGUACUAAAGAAGAAGUCAUCCUCGUCGUCGUCCUCCUCGGCGGCUACCGCUGUGAUAGCUGCGAAUUGAUUUCUCUUUCGACUAACAUUAGAUGUCCCCUACUACUAAUACUACUACUACUACUAUCACCACUACCAUUAUCACGGCUGCUAUGGUCGCGCAAGCGCGUGUGCGUGUGUUGUUUGACUUCACACGGAAUUAAUGAGAGAUUUUGAAAGCCGUUCUUUUCUUCUUUUCUUUGGAUAAAACAAAAGGAACCUUUAUUAUAGAUCAGACAAUAAUAUAUUACUACUAUAUUGUUAAAUUGUCUGCUGAUUAUCUUCUUUGAAGAUGUAUAACUUUCGCGCCACGAACAUUGGUUUUAAUUUCCAAGAGAUAUUUGUAUCAACGCGUUAUCCAUUUACUCGUGAUUGCGUACACCGAUGUACGCACACAUUACGUUGAUGUACACGCGCAGAGCCGAUCUCGAGGUCGCGAUUUACCAUGAAAAAUAUAGUUGUAUCACGUUCGCCAAACAGUACGUGGAUCAUUUCUUUUCAUGCAUCACAAAUAAGAAAGAACACGUGUCAUGUUCUUUCGCGUGACUAGCCGUUAAGAGAAUUCCGCUAUUUUUGCCACGGCCGAUGCGCGUGAACACACGACGAACCGAAAGCAGUUGACGAUCUUACGGGUCCCGACGACAGAGUUGCGCCUAAUUGUUACGAACGAUCAUCAAACGACAAAAGAAGAUAUAUUAUGAGACGAACGAAUAAUACAAGGGCAGCCAGCGUAGUUCGACAACGACGUUGGCAACGUUGUAACGAGAAGGAGUGAUGAUAUUGUCGUCGUGUCGGCGCCUAGUCGACUUUGUAUUUUUAAUAUAUUACUUCACGGGCGUAUUACGUUCGCGUUUCUCUUCUUCCACAUACGGAACAGACGAACAGCGAAAAAUUGAUACUAAUAGGUAAAAUGUUCGCGAGAGAGAAAGAGUGAGAGUGAGAUUGAGAGAGUGAGGGGUGGGUGACGCGUGGCAUUUUUCUCGAGACACAGCGAGCCGUAGAUAUAUAAUAUGUUAUAUAAAUAUAAAGUGUAUGUAUGUAUAUGUAUAUCUAUAAAUAUAGUAGGAACGAAUUUUCCCGUCGAAGAGGUCGGUAUUGUAAAAACAACGGCCCACCGACACGUAAUCGCGAAAACGAUCAUGGCGGCUGUGACGCACAUAGUGCCCGACGCAAAUACUUGCCCGAAUCACAGAUCGAUCAACUGAAUCGUUUUCUCUGUGUGACCCAGCAAAGAUCGAUAAUGACGCGAGACGUUUCUCGUCGCAUCGCGUCGCCACGAUCGUCAUCGCUAGCUUAAAAGCACAGUUCUUGAUCGACGAUCUUAUUGUCUGAUACGCGAUACCAUAUUACACACGGAGACACCUUUUCUCUUUGAAUCUUUUUUUUUUUUUCAAUAAAAGCAGAUAUGCAUUUUUACCAAA